AUGCAUCAUAAAAUCGUGGCCUUGGACGCCUGGAAUGUUCUCAUCCCACCCAACCUGCUCCAGCUACCUGGGCCACACACCUACGAGCUCAUCAGCCACACCACACAAUUGACCUCUGCUGAGGACAUCCAAAAUGCCGUACGAGACGCGACGAUCGUCGCCACAACGAUCACGCCGAUACAAGGCACCGCCUUGGAUGUGAACAACACCCCCAACCUCCAGCUGAUCGUGGCCAUCGCCGCCGGCACCGACUGCAUCGACACGGACAGGGCGGCGGCGCGAGGCAUCAAGGUCGUCAACUGCCCCAAUGCCAACACGGAAACCGUGGCCAACCACGUAUUGGCCAUGUACUUUGCAGGGCGUCGCCACCUCAUCCGGGCGCACAACACCAUGUUGAGGACCGAUGAGUGGCCGAAAAAGUACUCCUUGACUUUCGCGCUUAACGACCCUGAGGGACGCCCCCCAAUGACGUGCAGGGACGAGACGGUCGGUAUCGUGGGCUAUGGUGCGAUUGGCCGUCGUGUCGCGGAAUUGUGUCGCGCCCUCGGGAUGAACGUACUCGUCGCCGCGCGCAAAGGCUCCGCGCCAGCAAGCCCCGACAGGGCGCCCUUCUCCCAGGUCCUCGCCCGGAGCACCGUGCUCGUCCUCUGCGUGCCGCGCGGCCCGGACACGCUCGGCCUCAUAUCGGCGCCCGAACUGCAGGCGAUGCCGCGGCACGCGCUGCUGCUCAACGGCGACAGCCCGCUGCUCAGGGUGGACGCGGCGGAGGCGGACGUGCUGAACCUGGUGGUGACGCCGCACGUGGCGUGGUGCUCGACGACGACGUUCUACAACUACCUGCAGGCGUUCAAGCGGCACGUCGAGGACUGGUGCGGACGAGAUGUGGGGGUAGUUGAGAGCCAGUAG